AUGAGCAGCAGCGAGAAAAGCUCCGUUCUGGAAAACGACAAGGGGGAUGACACCCAAAGUGGAGAUGGGGAAGAGAAUCUCGUGGAGCCCAGCGAAGGUGGAAGCGAGCGUGAUGGUGAGCGUGACAAAAGGAGUAAUAAGGGGAAAUCACGUGAGGAGUAUAAGAGGAGAAAAAAAGAGGACGCCUCUGAGAAGUCCUAUAGGAGCUCCAUGAGUCUGCUCUCCGCUGGCGACAUCGGAAAGACGGGCGAUAGGAAAAGGAAGAGAGAAAAGAAAAGGGAUAAAAAAAGUAGCAGCCACAGAGUGAAGAGGAACAAGGACAGGGGGGAGAAGCGAAGGCGCCGUUCCAGCGAUAGCCACGGUAGAAGUGACAGCAGUGGAGAAAGCUCCUAUAGCCGCCAUAGUCGAGAGAGAAAAGAACGAAAAAGGAAGAAGGAGGUCAAAAGGAAAGGGAAGCACAAGUUGGGGGAGGGAGAAGGAAGAUACAGCAAGCUGAGCAGCUUCAGCCUCUCCAGCAGCUACACCGAUGCUGAUAUGGACCUGGAGAGCAUAAGUGACCUUAAUUACAAGCAUCACAGUGACAAACGGAAAAAGAAAAUCCAAAAAAAAGUGAGCAGUGAUUAUCUUUCCAGUAGGAACCACCAUCAUAGGUACGAUGAAGACAAGGGAGGAAAAAGAAAAGGAUCAGCAAAUUAUACCUAUAAACACAACUCAAGGGUGGAACAUGUUCGUGAUAAGUUCAAUAACCCAAAGUACCAUAAUUGGAGAGGCAACUCAGGGGAGUCCCCAUCGGAGGAGCACCACAACUAUCACCACGACGAUGGUAGGAGUCCACUUCGGAAAAGGCAUUCCCAUAGAGGCAGCACGAAGGGGCAUACAGAUACGCUCGGGGGGGACGAAAGAAGACGGGUGGAGAAAAAUAAAAAGAAAAUAAAAAAAGAAAGUAGGGCAUAUAAAGCGAACCGAAAUGGGCGAAGAAGUGAUGCAGAUGGGUAUGAGUCCACUACGGACUCCUACUCCGAUGAGGUACAGUCCCGGUCCAAUCAUGUCCCCACGCGUAAAAAAAGAAGACCCUACUUGAGUGAUGCUGAGUCGGCAGAUUUAGCCGUUUCAAUUAGGAGUGACGAGAGAUACCGAGCCAAAGGAAGGAUGGCACAUUAUGGUACCGUAAUGGUACGAAGCAGGCGAGAAGGGACUGGAGGAAGGAGAGGAGAGGAUGGUAUUCAUCACAACCAUGAUGAGGGUGAUGACCCAUUUUUGCACCCCAGGUUUAAGAGAGGAGACCCCUUCAUGGGGGGGAGGCCAAGAAUGACGGAGGAACAAGAGGAAGUGCCCAGGUUUAGGGACCGAGAAUGGCAACCCUAUGGAGGAACACACCCUCGGGAAUUUGAAAGAAAAAUAUAUAUAGAAAGGGAGGAUCGAAUGGAGCGACCGUCAUACAGACAGAUGAUGCCCCCCUAUCGGUACCACAAGUACGAUCAGGCUGAGCAUAAAAAAGAUGUGGCCAUUUUGACUAAUCACAGAAGACAUGAGUAUUACCAGGAGCAUGGUAGUAACAGGUUCGAUGAAGGUAGAAUCCCCAAUGGGAUGAUCGACCGGGAGAAGACGUGCCCAUUUCUUCUGCGCUUGUUCUAUAAGCUAGACGACGAAUACAAUGACGUGGAGGACGUCAAACUUUGCAAAGAAAGCGGAGUGCAGAGCAACGAGUUGCAGAUCUAUGCCUGGCUGGACAUCACCAUGCGUGAGAUCGUAACGUUAGUUAAGGACUUUUAUCAGGAGAGCCGGAAGAGGGACGCCCACUGGGUGUUUAAGGUAUACUCUAAUGAGAAGAAGGAAUUGACCUUCUUAUCCCGCGUCCACAGUACCAAGUACAACUACCGGGAGGACAACAAGACGCUGCUAUCGUUGGACUACGAGAUCGGAGACAUUCUUCUCCUCUCCAUCAUGUUCGACAGGCAGGCCGCGUAG